UUUUCUAUUUUAUUUCCAGUUUGCAACAAUGCUUAGGAUACAAGUUAUUAGAGCACUGGUAAUGACUAGAUGAAUUCUUCUUCGUUAAUGUACACCUAAUUAUUGUUACAGUUGCCUGAAUACAUUUACCUCUGGUUAUUUGAUCUAAGCAAAAUUUUCAAAAUAUAUUGAUUAAGAAGAAAAAUGAGUUUCAUUUUCUUUUAAAAAGCUGAAGCCACAGUGCCAAAAAACAACUGGAUAGUGCUUAAUUGUCAUGGCAACAGAGAGAAAGAUGGUGCAACAAAACGAUAACAGUCCAUGUCCAAUCCAGACAGCUGCAAUACUUACUGUGAGAAUGGUGAUGCAAGGAAAAGAAGUAGGAAGUAUAAUUGGAAAGAAAGGAGAUAAUAUCAAGAAAUUCAGAGAAGAAAGUGGAGCUAAAAUUAACAUAUCAGAUGGCUCUUGCCCAGAACGAAUAGUAACAAUUACAGGUUCUUUAGAGAGCAUUAACAGAGCCUUUACAAUGAUUUGUAAAAAAUUUGAAGAGGAUCUUCAGAACACACCUACGGUGCCUAAGCCUCCUGUUACUCUCCGAUUGGUUGUGCCAGCCAGCCAAUGUGGCUCUUUAAUUGGAAAAGGAGGCUCAAAAAUUAAAGAAAUCCGAGAAAGUACUGGGGCCUCAAUUCAGGUAGCCAGUGAAAUGCUUCCCAAUUCUACUGAACGGGCUGUGACAAUAUCAGGGACGGCAGAUGCAAUUAUACAAUGUAUCCAAAGUAUCUGUUCUAUUAUGUUGGAAGUCAACAAUGGAGUGGCUACCACAGACCCUUUCUUACACUCUCCUACUUAUCCUCUAAAUUCCUUUUACCUUCCUUUUCUCCAGUCCCCUCCUAAGGGAGCAACCAUCCCAUACCGUCCAAAACCUGUAAUGCCUCCAGUGAUAUUUGCUGGUGGACAGGCAUAUACCAUUCAAGGACAAGUACCAGUUCCAAGCCCAGAAGUCAAUAAACUGCAUCAUCAAUUUUCUUUGGGACAGACUGUACCAAUUAUCCCUGCAGCGUCUCAAACAUUGUUACCAGGACAUCUUUCUCUCCCAGGUGUUUCUCCAGUUUCAUUUUCUCGACCAAACAAUGCAGCUGCUACAGUACAAAAUAGUCAACAAACAACUGAAAUGUCAAUACCAAAUGAUUUGAUUGGGUGUAUUAUAGGACGUGCUGGACAGAAAAUCAAUGAAAUUAGACAAAUUUCAGGUGCUACAAUAAAGAUUUCUAAUGCAGAAGAAGGUUCUUCUGAUAGAAAAGUAACAAUAACUGGAACUCCUGAUACAAUUGGGUUAGCUCAGUACCUCAUUAACACCAGUUGCCCUGCAGCCUGAAGCGUGAUUUUGUGUCUUUGUAGGAUAACAACAGAAGUUUGUGGAAUGGGAAUUCGCUAGGUAGAUGACGUUUGGACCAUUUAAAUAUCGAGAUCACGAAAAGCCACUACAGCAAUCUGAUCUACUGUUAUUCAUAAUGUUUAUGUCUUAUUUCAUACAUUUUCACGUGCUUGAUCAUGUGUACAUUUAGUUAAUCAUUGUGUUUACCUACAACUAUUUUCCACUGUGUUCUGUGUGAGCUACUGCGUUUGAGCACUAACCAAAAUUUGUGGUGAUGUUGGAAUGUUUACCCUAUCAAGUAGAAGUUUAGUUGCACCUAUUUCUUAAAAUAUCCUGCAGUUAGAGUGGAGUGCUCAACCUUAAUGUUGGCCAAUAUUUCACUCAUCUAAAUACUUAAGUCUCUGUGUGCUAGUGUGUGUGUAUGUGAUUUGCAUGUUUGCAUACUUAUCAACUUACCUUUCUAACCUUUUAGAUAAUAUAUCAAUUCAUAUAGUAACUGAGUUGUUAUUAAAACUGAUGAACUUAUCUGAAUACAUGAUACAUCUACAUUUAUGCAGAUGUAUCCAUGUAUAUACCUUUAGGUAAUGAUAUAAAUAAAGUGAUAAAUAAAAUAAAGUAAUAAAUAAAGUAAAGUAAUAAAUUUUCAAUCAAAUUUGCAAUUGUAAAACUUAAGUCCCCAAUACUUUAUAUUUUAAUUUUAUUUUCUGAGGUACUACUUUGAUAAUUUUAUAUAAAAAAAAUCUGUGGUGUUUAUUAUGAAAAAAUCAAAUUGACGAAUGAACAGAACUAGAAUUUAAAAUGUUCCUAUAUUGAUAAUCUAAAUCCCAUUUUUGUUACUAGUUACUCGGAGAAACCUUAUACAAUUAUAAGUAGCAAAUGAGGUGUAUUAUGAUGACAAGUGUUCAUAAAUAUUGAUAUCUACUUAAAUACAUAAAUAUAUAUUGUGUACAAACAUAUACACACAUACACACCACUCACACACACAUUAUCUAUAAAAUUAACCUCUACAUAUGUGCAGUUUCUUAUGUGUAAACACAGACCAGAGUUUGCCUUGCUUGCUAUUUUAUAGUAUCAAAUAUUUUAGAAAAUUUGCAUCAUGUAAUAAUACAUGUUGUAAUAGAAGUAGUUCAUUAUAGUAAAAAAUGUUUGCUUCUAAAACAUACAUUAUUUUUAUUGCAAGAUUAAUAUCAGAAAUCAAAGCAUCUUAUAUCAUAGUUCAUCACAUAUGUCCUAAAUAUAAUUAUAUAGAAAUUAGUUUACCUAUAUGUUGCUCUAUAGUUAUUCAUAAAUACUUUAUUUACAUACACAUAUUUACAUACAUAUGAAUACAUACAUGCACAUACACACACACACAGAGCAUAUGUGUAUGUAUAUAUAUAU